UUCGCAAUCCCUACUACUAACGUAUUUGAUCAUGUCUUGGGCCUGCUGUGUUAUAACCGCCUAUCACUCUUCCCAGUUGUGCUUCUAGCCAACUAUCGUCAAUAUCUAGUCUCCCUUAUUAGUCCCCCUUACCAAAGUUUUUCCAUAGCCUUUUUAUCUAAAUUUCGACAACUAUGAAGGCUACUUUCAAAUCUUACCUAGACCUUUAUGGACUCUACGCAGAGACUUCUGAAUUUGACGAAGACGCCGCCGCACCCAUCGCAGGGACUUCCAAAUCCCAAGGAGGCGCUUCUAAACCUGUCGCAGGGACUUCUGCAUCUAAAGAAGGUGCUCGCGGGCCCGUGGCAGGACCUUCUGGAUCCAAUGGGGCUUCUCCAGUGGCGACUGAGUGUGAGGAAUCCUUCUUUGAAGAACCUUCUUUUUCAUUCUCUGCAGCCAGUGGAGAAGGACUUUCUCCAUGGAGACGAUUUGCUACCACAUGGAAGUCAAGGUUUGGAUUGGACUCACCUGACUUGGAGAAUAAUCUAACCGGUGUCAUAACUCUAAAAAAUUACGAACAACGUGUUCGUAAAUUUACGAUUACGAAUGACAUUUACAUAAUAACGCCUUGUUUGAAAUACCGGGAAUCGAAAGAACCUAGAAUCAUAGGUUCAAGUAAUCUAUUUCCGGGAGAGUCAUUUGUGUUCUGUGACAUGGACCUCUAUUGGUGUCAAGAUAACUACAAUCGUGGUCAUUUUGCAGGAAAAACUUAUGACGUUGAGGUACAUCUGAUUCACUACAAUAGAAAAUACAAUAGCGUCGAACAAGCCGUGAUUCACCCCGACGGGAUAUUGGUCUUUGCCAUACCAUUUGUUAACGCUAAUAAGGGAAGCUCGAAUAAAGGCAUCAAAAAAAUGACUAAGUAUUUCCUAAAAGUCGCUUUGGCUUCGUCGAACAACUCGUAUAAAACUUGGUUUAGUCUAAUGAAUUUGGCCAUGUUCGUUAGCAAUCCAGUGGAAGCUGUCUACCACUACAAGGCACCAUUGGUUAUAGGCGGCGAGAUACUAAAGAGCGCAAGCUGGAUUGUUUUGCCAGAACCAAAAAACAUCUCGGAACGUCAUAUUUCGACCUUACGGAAGGUCUGGCAAUUGAACUACCAAGAGAAUAUGCAGAACUAUCUGAAAUUACAUUACCACCGUGUAACCGAAAAUGAUUUGCGCUCCAUCUGAGUAGAUUCUGGGAUACAGUCAUGUAACUGAAAUAAAAGUCAUUGCAUUAAAAAUGUAA